AUGAACACUCAAAUUUCCAACGGCGAAUUGCACGGAACUGUAGCUCUGGUAACAGGUGGUGGUCGAGGAAUGGGUCUCGCAAUCGUCGAUGAGUUGCUAAAAAACGGUGCAUACGUGUCUUUAUUAGACAUUAACGAAGAAAUAGGAAAUAAUGCGAUCAGUGAAUUAGAAAUCAAAUACAAAUCGUCUUCAAGUAGAUUAUUAUUCAUAAAGUGUGAUGUUACCAAUGAAAUUGAAUUCGAAGAUUCGUUUAAGAAAACUAUUGAGAAAUUUGGAAAAAUAAACAUUGUUGUUAAUAAUGCUGGUAUCAUGUCCAAGUAUUUGACUUCGUGGGAGCUGGCCAUCGAUUUAAAUUACAAAGCAGUAGUCCGUGGUACCAUACUAGGUCUCAAAUACAUAGAAAACAAAGUAGACAACAACUCUGCAGUGAUUAAUGUAGCAUCGAUAGUUGGACUAUCCAACACAAUCUUACCCAUGUAUCAAUCGACCAAAAGAGCCGUUAUCGAUUUCACAAAAUGUAUUGGAUGUCCGGCCAAUGCGAAAGCCACCGGAAAUAACGUUAGAGUCAUGGCCAUUUGUCCUGGCGCAACGUUCGACGGAUUUGAAAACAACAUUGAAGGGAAAAAAGCUUUAGAACAAGAAAUUGAGGAGUUAAUUACGAGUGGUGAAGAGAUCCCGAAUCCAAAUAGAAAACUAAUAAUACAGAGCACUGAUUACUAUAAAGCUGCAUUUCUUCACGUUAUGAAAAACGGCAAAAAUGGAGAAAUUUGGAUAGCCGAAAAUGAAGAGCCUCCUAGACUUACACAUUUCUCUACUCAAUAUUAA